AUGCAACACCCGACAAAGACAUCACACUCUCAAAUGAUAAACAUCAGACGUCGAACCGAAAAUGAUCUGGAAGGAUGCGUGGCCUGCAUCCAACGCGUCUACGCACAAGACCGAUAUCCAGUUCAAGGCGUUUCCAACGCAAAAGCUUUCAUUAACGGCAGUGCCGUCCAGCAAGCUUGGAUAGCAGAAUCAGAAGGUAUCAUCAAAGGGCAUGUUGCUGCCAGUAUAGCCAUGGAGAGUGAUGUCUCAGUGGCUCUUUGGUGGCAGAAGCAUCCAGACGACAAGAUUGCUGUCUUGGGACGACUUUUUGUGGACCCAGACAGUCGUGGAUCAGGCAUCGCUGGCCGUCUCAUUGCUCAAGCCACGGCAUGGGCGAAUGAGAAGGGGAUCCGGCUUGUGCUGUUCGCUCUGGAGAAGGAUCGAGCUGCAGCUAGAGUUUAUCAACGACUUGGCUGGACGCAGUUUGGUACCCAAAUUUAUCACUAUUGUGACGAUCAGCAGAUGGAUGCUCUAUGUUUCGUCAGUCCGGCAUCGACUUGA